UUCCCAUCUUUUGUGGGAUAAGAAGAAAACUCUCGAUCAUAGUUUAUGGGUAAAUGCCUUUCAGAUAGGUGAAAGGAUGUUUUUCUUCUUGUCUUUAGUCUGCUCUCCAUUCCAAAACGGCUGCGUUUUAGUAUGACUCAGGUUACUCCACCAGAUUAAACAAAUUAGGAGACCUUUUUCUUGUUUUUGCUCAGUAACUGAGCUGGAGCGUAGAACUCGAAUAGGAGAAACACAGAGAAGCAGAGAAACAGUGAGAGGUAAAAUGGAAGAUGGUCAGGAUAUACUGAUAAAGUCAUUGGAGAAAUCGGGAGUUUCGGUCCCAGAAAACGUUUCGUCGAUCGGUGACCUAACGCCCGCGAUCUUGGUAUCGAUCUGCGGUCAGUCCCUUAACCUCAUUGAGAAUACUACGUCGUUUUGCGUCGACCUUCCCGAUUCCAUGGCUGACAAGUUCAGAAUUUGUACAGACAUCGCACUCGCCAUCAAGAACCUAGGUUACAUCAGUGACGUGACCUAUUACAAGUUCCUGUAUCCAUCUGAAGAAGAUCUAUAUAAGUUGGUGAGGUUUCUGGUGGAGAGGCUUUCUGAAUCACCUGAAGGUGUAAAAACUUCUCGAGUGGACAAUGUUGAUGAUGGAAAGAAAAUGAAGAAAGAAACUUCAGAGGAGAAUAUGAAGAAGACUGAUAAUGAAGCUGUAGAUCUAAAUCUUCAGAAAGUUGAAGAUGUCUUGAAAGAUCUUAUACUGACAUCUGAAGUGCCUGAUCUAUCCAAUUAUAGGGCCGGGGAUGCAACCAUCAAUGGAUCCUUUGAUGAUUAUCUCUUUUCGGAGAAGAUGGAAGAACUGGAUGUGCAGAAUGCAUCCUGUUCCAAGGGAAAAAUUUUGGGCCAGAAUGAACAUGUUGACUUGAUUGCCAGAAAGGCUCUGGCUGAACAACCUGGGAAUUUGAGAGCAGCUGCAUCAGGAAACCAGGAAACUUCUGCCCAGGUAGAUGGGAAACAAGUUUCACUAUUUGAAGAAACUGUUACUUAUCAUGAAGACCCAUAUUCCAAGGUAUUAAGUGAGACCAGAAGAUUGCGAAAUGAAGAAAGGGUGCUCCAGGAGGAGGUAAUGGCAAGGACUGCAGAGUUGUGCUGUCUUGAAGAAGAGCUCGAAUGUUUGAAGGCCGCAGCAGAUUUGGCAUUUGAUAAUUCUCAUCCCGUUGAGUUUUAUCUUAAGCAGCUUAAUGAACAGUUAGAUGCUGGAAACCGUGAUCUUGAGGAAUUAGAGUCAAAGUGGGAAGCUUCCAGACAGUCUCUGGAAGAGAAGAAGAGAAGUCUUGAAGAAUCUCUUUAUGCGGACAAACCAGAGGCUAAAGAGAAACUCCAGAAGUUGAGAGAGCUUGAGCUGGAAAAGCAAUUCAUUUUGUCUGAAAUCAGGAAGAGGGAAGAAGAAGAGUCUAAACUUCGUGCAGAUCUUGAGAAACAAACCGAAGUAGCAUCGCGGAGAUCUUAUAUUGAGCAGAUAAAGGAGAUAACAAAGAACAGUCGGAAACUAGAUGCUGAUAUAGAGAGGAUAUUGAGAGAAACUAGGGAACUUCAGUUAGAGAGUAACUCUAUCCAAGAGCGCCUCCAUAGAACCUACAGCGUGGUGGAUGAAAUGGUCCUUAGGGAAACAAAAAGAGACCCAGUAGGGAAGCAAGCUUACAGGCUUCUCACUAGCAUACAUGAGAGCUUUGGACAGAUUGCUGAGAAAAUCCUCGUGACUGAUAGGGUGAGAAGAGAAGGUGCCGAACAUGAAAAGAAGCUAGCUGCCAUGGCAUCUCGAAGCUUAAAUAUAGCCAAAUUGAAAGCUGAUCUUGAUGCCAUUACAAGAGAAAAUGAGUACCUGGAGAAACACCAACAAGAAAUUUAAAUUUGAGAACUCCCAGCAGCCUGAAUUCGAUCUCUUUCAAUGUCUUUUGUACGGUCAAUAUUAAAGAUAAUUUAUGUAUUUUCUUCCUCGUGUACUAGUUCAAACAUCUGAAUUUCAAAUACAUACCCAUCUGAUUGCAA